ACUCAAAUCCCGUUCUCAACAGGAGGUAGGACAGUGGAUCCAGAUGGCACAACAAAGCCUGAGCUCUAUUUUAAUGAGCAAAGCCAAUUAUCACAUGAGCGGCCAUUCCCGAUGGACUGCUGGCCUUUAACACAACAGGAAGUUAGCGCAGGAGCUACAACACACACACACACACGCACACAACACACUCUAGUGUAUCAUGAGGAGUAAAGGGAGCAUAUUUAUACCUUAUUUCUGAAUCAGUGCUAUAAAGGCAUCGUUUAAAGGUCAUGUGGAAGAGAAAUACAACGGCUAGUUCAAGCUAACUUUAGCAUUAGCGUCCAGGGAUGACCUCACUAAAUGACUGGUUUUCUUCUCAAAAAAGGGACCUUUAAAGAGGCUAAUGCUGCUGCCUAGUGUGACGUCUGCUCGGAAGGAGGAAGAUGGAGAGGGCGGGGCCAAGAAUGGCUCAUGGAGAUAUGUGCAGGGGAGGACGGCGCGCGAGACUGCUCGGCCUGUGAUUGGAGAAACCGGAUGACGUCACCUCCGCCGUGACGCCAUGCUCCUCAUUCAUAAAAAAGGAAAAGAGGAGAAACAAUCGUGGAGAGAAGCGGCGAGCGAGAGAAAGGGGGAGGUCGCGGUAACAAUGAGCUCCACGGGAGACGAGAUGCUCGCAUAGAGGAGCGGCGCAGCGGCGUUGGGGGGGCGGGUAACCACGCGGGAUCCGUCCGCGCGCGCACACACACACACACACACACACACACACACACACGGGAGGCGAGAAGCCACAGCGAGUCAAGUCCGCAGAAGAACCCCCAGCACGAGCGACGCGCCAUGGAGGAGCUCUGCGAGAUGGACUGCACGGUGCUCAAGCGGCUCCUGAAGGAGGACGGCGCCCGGUGCCUGCUGCUCGACUGCCGCUCCUUCCUCGCCUUCAGCGCGGGACACAUCCGAGGGGCCGUCAACGCCCGAUGUAACACCAUCGUCCGCCGCAGGGCCAAGGGCUCCGUGCUCAGCCUGGAUCAGGUCCUAGCCGGGGACGAUGAGGUGCGGGCCCGCCUUCGCUCCGGGAUGUACUCGGCCGUGGUGCUGUACGACGAGAGGACGCCCGACACGGACACGGUAAAGGAGGACAGCACGGUGAGCCUGGUGCUCCACGCACUGUGCAGGGACUCCGCCACCACGCUCAUCUACUUUCUCAAAGGUGGCUACGACAAGUUUUUCACAGAGUACCCCGAGUUUUGUUUGAAGACCAAAUCCCUGCCCUCCCUCACGAGCCAGUCCAGCGUGGAAUCGUCAUGCUCGUCCUGUGGAACGCCGCACCACGACCAGGGUGGACCAGUUGAGAUCCUCCCGUUCCUCUACUUGGGCAGUGCCCUCCAUGCCUCCAAAAAGGAAUUCCUGGAUGCCAUCGGAAUCUCUGCGCUGCUCAACGUGUCAUCGGACUGUCCCAACCACUUUGAGGGUGCCUACCAGUACAAGUGUAUCCCUGUGGAGGACAACCACAAAGAAGACAUCAGCUGCUGGUUUCUGGAGGCCAUCGAGUUCAUUGACUCUGUGCGGGACUCCAGCGGAAGGGUUCUGGUCCACUGUCAAGCGGGAAUCUCUCGCUCUGCCACCAUCUGCCUGGCCUAUCUGAUGAAGAGGAAGCGCGUACGCCUGGACGAGGCCUUCGAGUUCGUGCGGCGGCGCCGCAGCAUCAUCUCGCCCAACUUCAGCUUCAUGGGCCAGCUGCUGCAGUUCGAGUCUCAGCUCCUGGCCACCUCGUGUGCAGCAGAGGCCGCCGCCACGGCCAGCCCCUUGCUGGGCCCCAAGUCGUCCGCGGGCACCGCGUCGGCAACGGGGACGCCCACCUCGCCCUUCAUCUUCAACUUCCCCGUGUCGGUGGUGAACCCCGCCUACCUGCACCACAACCCCAUCACCACGUCACCUGGCUGCUGAUGGCCGGCCAAUGGCGGCCAAUGGCGGCGCUGCCCUGAAAGCGAGCACAGACACAAGGGACAGUGGACGGGGUAUGUUCAUGCUUCCAGGGAGGGGGUCAGAGGUCAUUGGUGGGGCCUGAUCCCUCAGAAACCAGCUCCUUCUUCUAACUGACCAAAAAUAGACUUAAAGGAGUUUGUGUGUGUGUGUGUGUGUGUGUGUUGGACCUGAGGCGACACAACAACACACUCAUGACUAACAAGUGAAUAAGCUCAGUUGCCUGUUGCCAUGGAGACCGCAGGUCUUUAAGGAGAGGAGAUGGACGCAGGAAGGAAGCAGGAAUUUUAAGCACCCUCUCCUUCCUCCUUUGGCGCUCCUCCUGCUGCCACACAAAGGACACGGAUGGUGUGUGUGCGU